AUGACGUGUUAUCAGUAUCAGUGUUAUGUUCAAGGCACUCAGUACUCACUCCAGAGUUGCCAUGACCGCUUUACUCGCUCGCCGAGGCGCGGCGAUGUGUCUUGUAGUGUGAUUUGUUUCGAUGUGAAGGUGAAGCGGGUGAAGGAAGAAAGGGAGCAUUCCAACCCAUGGCAUCCGACGGAGCUCGGCCACAAGUCCGACGGCCAGACCAUCAAGUGGCUCCUCCGCCAGGCCGAGCCCUCAAUCAUUGCCGCCACCGGAACCGGAACCACUCCCGCUAGCUUCUCCUCCGUUUCCGUCUCCGUACGCGGCGGUGCUGGCUCUCUCUCUUCUCCUUCCUCAACCUCCGCAUCGUCUUCGCUCGACCACAAGCCCUUGCUCGCUCCCACUCCCUUCAUACUCGGCAAGUGCAUACGCACUGACGACGACGCUUCCGCCAAGGAUGACGACGUCUCCGUGGGCCCGCCGUGGGGUCCUUACUAUUUCAGGGGAGACCCAUUAAUACCGGGCAUGCCGGACGACGUUGCUCUCAAUUGCCUUCUCCGCCUGCCGGUUCAGAGUCAUUCAUCAUGUAGAGCUGUAUGCAAGAGGUGGCACCUGCUACUUGGAAACAAAGAGAAGUUUUUCACCAACAGGAGACAAUUGGGAUUCAAAGACCCCUGGCUUUUUGUAUUCGCCUACCACAAGUGCACCGAAAAGAUCCAAUGGCAGGUUCUUGACCUCACCCACUUUUCGUGGUCGACUACCCUCUUGACUUGGUCCUUUUAUAUCUCUCCAAGGGGACAAGUCUAUGAUCCCAUAACAGAUAAUUGGGAAAACAUGGCUGUUGGACUUAGAGAAGGCUGGACCGGUUCAAGUGUCGUUGUUUAUGGCCACUUGUUUGUUGUCUCUGAGCUCGAAAGAAUGAAGCUAAAAGUCUAUGACACGGAAACAGAUGGCCCCCCUUUGCCUGGGCAAAUAUGCAAGCCUUUUGCUAUCAAUGCUUGUGAUUGCCAUAUUUAUGUCGUGGGCCGAAAUCUUCAUGUUGCUGUUGGUCAUAUCUCUAGACUGCUUCCAGACGAAAAUUCUGACGAAAAAUGGAGCUUCAGUGUUCGGUGGCAUGUAAUCGAUGCACCAGAGAGUUUAUCUGAUCUCACUUCUUCAAGCUCUUAG